UUUCAACAAAAAUGGCGCUUGAGGAACUCGUAUCUGACGCAGCUUUACAACAAUAAUUCUCUGCGGAAUUUUUGUGUAAUUAGAGUUAACAUGAUUGUGAUAAAAUAGUUUCUCAUAGUGAUAUUAUUAUAAUAUAUAAGGACUGCUUGUUAAUGAAAAAGAAUGGAACCGAAGACUAUAGAAUGGCGGCCCGGUCCUGCAGUAUGCCGCUGUUGUUUAGCAGAAGGUUGUUAUAAAGAUAUUUCAACAGAAUAUUUUUGGAUGGGAAAAAGAGAAGUUUAUGCCGAAAUGCUCUCAGAAACACUGGAUCUUAGUAUUGCCUACUCCACGUCUGGCGGACCGAACAGUAACAGUCGGCUGAUUUGUGAGCAGUGCAUAUCGAAGCUAAGGGACGCUACUGAGUUCAAACGCCAGGUGCAGGAGUGCGAGCGCACUUUUAUACAAUGGCUGGAUCCCGGAAACUCAGUAGCUGACGCAACAGCGACAGAAGUCAAAUUAGAACAGGUUAAGAAGGAGAAAAAUCACAACAGUGACGAGGACGACGACUUUAAUGAUCAACCUGAUUUUGGCGAUGACGAUGGAUAUGAUGAUCUCGACGAUGACGUUCCUUUAACGAAAUAUGCUAGCAAAACCCCUAAAAAGGAACCAGUAGAUUUACAAGAUUUAUUGGACAAUGUUAAACCUACAACAAAAAGGAAAUCCACUACUACUAAAGAUAAAUCAACCGCAAAAAAGGCAAAAGUAAGCAAGGAAAAGGCUACAUCGAGCAAACCUAAGCCGGAAAAGAAAAAAAAAGGGACGUUGGCUAUACACAGGCGUAAUGAGAGUGACGAUGAGAAAAAGAAAAUAAUACUCUUAUGCCAGACCCCUCAGCGCUGUAAUGCUGAAUUAAUACUAAGAUUUUCGACCGCCUACCCCUUUACUAUGAGAUUUAACCAAAUUCUCUGCUCUUUUUGUCACGACGAGUAUACUAGUCUCUCCCAUCUCCGGCAGCAUAUGUCAUCCGAGCAUAGCGCUUCCGACUACCGGAGUGUUUAUUUUCGCGCAAGAGACAAUUUAAUCAAAGUGGAUAUAACAAAUUUGAAGUGUAAAAUUUGUAACCAAUGUAUGCAAGAUGUAGACUUUUUAAUGGUUCACUUAUCUCGUGAACACAAAAAACUAGUGAGAUUCAAUGAGCGCUUCGGUGUUUUGCCGUUUAAACAAAAUCAAAACAACGAGUGCGUUUGUGUUUCUUGUCACAAAGUUUUCUCCGAUUUUAUCGAGUACAAACGCCACAUUGCAUCGCAUUUCAUGAAUUUUAGUUGCGAUAAGUGCGGAACGAUGUUUAUUACCGACCGCUCCCUGCGCGAUCAUCGCCGCCAGGUGAAGUGUUCCCGGGCGGCAUAUAAAGCUCGCAACGGUAGCGUCUUGAGGCCUCGGAACAACGCUGAGAUUAUACUGCAAUAUUCGACUGCCUGCCCUUUUAGAACUUGGAAGAAUCAUUUUAAUUGCGUUUUUUGUAGAGUUCAGUCCAGUGAUCCCAGUAGCUUGCGGACUCAUGUCGCUACCCAUCACGAAAAUUACGAUGUUUCUAGGGCGUUUUAUAAAAAGUUAGGAAAAGAAUUUUUGAAAAUAGACAUCACUGAUCUACAAUGCAAAUUAUGUUUUAUGCCAAUCGUAAACUUUGAUAACCUAACUGAUCACUUAAAAAAUGACCACCAGCAGCCGAUCAAUACUGACUCGCAGCUAGGUGUUCUGCCGUUUAGACUUAACGAUGGAUCUAUUUGGAAAUGCACCUUGUGUCCGAAUGAAUUCAAAGAUUUUGUAUCUUUAAAAAAGCACACCACUCAACAUUUUCAAAAUUAUGUCUGUGAUACGUGUGGUGAAGGAUUUAUUACUGAGUAUGCGAUGAUUGCACAUACGAAGAAACCGCACGAAAAUAAGUAUAGUUGUAAUCGUUGCGUGGCUACUUUUUCGUCACUGGAAGAAAGAAAUGUCCAUGUUAAAACCCAGCAUACGACCACGCCGUACAUGUGUGUAUAUUGUAAAGAUAAACCCAGAUUUGCUAAUUGGGAGCUACGAAAACGUCACCUAAUGGAAGUUCAUAAUUACAAAACCGGUGCGGACAAAUAUGAAUGCGCAACUUGUCAAAAGUCUUUCAAAACGCGCUCUGGAAAAUAUAACCACAUGAUGAGAACGCACAGAAUCAAGAAAGACUCCGAAUUGAAUUUUCCUUGUCCGGGAUGUCCUAAAGCUUUUACGACUCAAUUGUUUUUAGAUAAACAUAUUGCAAAAAAGCAUUUUGAUAAAUGAGCUGCUAUUAAAUAU